AUGCAGUCAAGUCCCCCGAACUCAACAAACCACCAGUUGGAGGAAGACGCCUUCUUUCUCGUCGAGACAGUGAAUGUGUUAGCCUUGGCCAGGUAUCCCCUGGGCCCAGAGGAUCCUCAUUCUCAGGAAGCUGGCUCGAAGGAGGAAAAAGCCGGUGGACUGCCACUAGCUUCAAGUGACCUCAAAAUUCUGGUUGAAAGAGCCACCAAAUUGGUCUACGAGGUUCCAAGAGCCUCAACGGGCUGGGACGAGGUGACAUUGGAGACGCAGCCACUUGCUCUGGUGUUGAGUAAAAACUCGUCAAUUGGUCGGACCUUUCACUUAUCGAUAACCUACACUGUGAUUCACGCUCUCUUCACCUUCGAGCGUCGGACGCGUAAUCUUAUUUUGGUGGUACAGAUGCCGCUACCAGUUGCCUCCCAGCAGUCGGAUCUGCCAAAUUCGCUCAGUCUGCCUCGAUAUCUCGGCUACCUGCUGCUGGAGUUCAGCACUCCAGAGGCCAUCUCGUAUGUGUUGGACACGAUUUACCGACAACGCGGGCUCAUGCUGAACACUUUUGCGUACUCGGCCAAAGCCAGUCAAGAACAGGAUCGGUUCGACACUUAUCUCGACUUCCCUCGGCCGCAAGUUUCGCACGGUCACCACGCCAUCUACCAGCAGACCGUCAUCUUGAGCACAGCCUCCGUUCUAAACACGAUCUCUUCGAGGGAAGCUGACGGCCAGCUGACAUGUCGGCUCGUGGAGCCGCAGGGCCAUGCGAAAGAGCCGGCCUACAUGAUAGACGUGAACCGAGGCCCACGAAUCUCCUGGUCCAUCAUCUACCCCAACGGUCAGAACUCAAGUGACAGUCAUGUCAUCUUCAGAAGCAAGGUCAAGUACUAUGGUACUGUGGAUGCUCCAGAGGGGGCUGAAGACGUCCGCAGCACCGCCAUCAAGUUACUAUUCAACCGGAGAUACGUUUUAGCUGAAACCACCCUCCCCUCCAGCAGCAUCGUAGAUCAUACCUCCGCCAUCCAACCGCCCAGAGCGCCGACUUCUCUCGGCUGGUACUGGCUCCGCUGUUAUCAUAACAACCUGGACUUGCAGAGAGGCCUAAUCCUGCACAGUCGAGGCGCUCCCCGAAGCCUGUCUGUGGAAUACUCGAAGGUGCGACGUAUUCAUUCAUUGCACGACCACGACCGUUUCACCCUUGUCUCUAUCCAGCGGCAAUCUCAGCCUAUGAAGUUGAAAUAUUUGGUGAUGAAAUUCCGUACCAAACGCGACAUGGAUGGCUUUGCUGAGGCCAUCUGGCACAGACGAGCUCUGCUCUCCGAUGAAACCAGUGCUGAAGUGGCCAAGACGUUGGUCGGCCGAGAACAGAACAGUGUCCAGAGCGGCAUAGGAAGCAGUAGACUGAAUUCGCUGUUACAUUAUCACAUACAAGAGGAGUUUGGUGAAGACCUUCACUGUUCAACGAUAGGUGGGAUAAAGAAGACCCUUAAGGAGGAGGUUAAAGAGGAUAAAAGGCUAAAAACCAAGGUUCGCAUUUUUGAGGAACCAAGUAUGGCAAAAGCUGGCCUCCAUGAGAUCCCAAAUGAACCCCUCCAGUUCGAAAAGUAUCGUGACACACAAACAAUCCCAUUGGUAAGCGCUUUGUUACCGAGUUUAUAUGAGCACAAGUAA